AUGCACCUCAAGUCCUUUUUGGUUGGGGCCCUGCUUCCCAUUGGCCUGUUUGCUAGCCCAACACCAGACCUUGCUCCAGCCCUAAACGUGACGGCGGAGGCCGACGAACUCCUUGACGCCCGGGCUAUUGUCCGCCCACAACAUUGCACUAUCGUCGGCGGUUCCACAUACGUGAACUGCCGACGUGGCCCGAACACGAAAUAUGCUGUCAAAUUGUCCAUGAGGAAAGGGAAUACGUACGACUUUUGGUGUGUUUAUUCUGGGCAGUGUAUUACCAUCAACGGGUUCCGGAAUUGCGGGUGGCAUUAUUCGAAGCAACACGACUGUUUUGUGAGCGGACAUUAUACGGAUAAUCAUUGCACGCAAGCUCGUCUGGGGGGUUGUGGGUUCACCGACGACGAGGACGCCGCGGGGCCGUUUUAA